AUGAGCCGCGGCUCUCUGCCCGCACAUGGGGGAUCGGCUCCCCUUCGUCGACCUCGCACCGACUUCCAUGCUGUGCAACUCACCACAGGGAUCAGGCACACGUGUGCAUUGUCAAGCCAAGGCAAGGUCAAGUGCUGGGCGUUGGUGAGGCCGUCGGGCUUGGGCUUCGUAGACAGGAAUUCCGGUAGCGUGGGGAACUCGCCCAACGAAAUGGGCGACCAGCUGCCCUUCUUGGAUUUAGGCCUCGAAGUCCUGCAGAUCUCGGCAGGCGACUCUCACACCUGCGCAGUGUUGGCGGAUCGUUCCUUGAAGUGUUGGGGCCGGAACUGGGAAGGCCAGCUGGGCCAAGGCCAUGGCUCUGUACGGCCUUUCGUGGACGCAAACCUCCCCAAGACUCUGCUGGGCAGCGGCGUAAGCGUCAUGAAGAUAACAGCUGGCGGAUGGCACACCUGUGCCAUCCUCCAGGAUGAGACUCUCAAGUGCUGGGGCCGAAAUUUGCCAAAUGGACGGCUUGGACAGGGAGCUGUGGAGAUUCUGGGCAAGAAGCCGGAAGACAUGGGCGAUGGCCUGCCAACCGUCGACAUGAACAAUCUCCGAGUACGCGAGGUUCAUGCCGGUCUCCGCCACACCUGCGCUCGGCUGGAGGAUGACAGCGCACGCUGCUGGGGCCUCAACAGCGAUGGCCAGCUUGGCGUUGGGCACACAGAGACCGUGGGUGAUGAGCUGGUGGAGAUGGGGGCAGCCCUCGCGCCUACCGAGCUCUUUGCAAGAGCAAAGCCAGGUGCGAGCCUUGAGGGUCUCAGUGUAGGCGAAGGCUCAAGCGAGGGCUGGUUGCUGCUGCAGCACAAUGGCUCUUUGGGGCUGGUCUGUGACGAUGGCUUCACGGACGCCGCAGCGCAGGUGGUCAGAUGGGUGGCCUGCCGGGAUGUUGGCAUGGCAGGCGGCCGAGCCUUGUUCAGGGACCCUGCCUCCGACCCUUCGCUGGACGGGGCGGUUGCGGCGCUUGCUGAGUCUGAGAUCCUGGCCGACAGCCUCGUGUGUGAGGGCACCGAAAUCUUCCUGCGGGACUGUGCCUUCCAAGGCGGGCCGGAUAGAACCGGAGAGGAACCGGAGGGGAGAGAGGAUGACUGA